AAAAUUUACGAAUUUAAAUUCUCUAUAAUGAAUUUUGUUAAAAUUUUUGCAAUUUUGUUAGUAAUUGAUAAAACUCGACAUGUAAAUGGAGAAAUAUUGCUUAAAGGUUACAAUGCUAAAAGUUCUGCAGAAAUUGUAUGUGGACCACGUGAUAUGUAUGUAAAAAAUGGUCGUUAUUAUUGCUACAGUAUUGGUGAGACAAUUUUAAAUGAAUACGAAAAACAGUAUGGUUUAAAAGCAAGAUUAAAACUGAAUUAUUAUGAAGAAUAUCAAAAAUUAAUUGACACAAUCGAAAGUAAUUCAUUCUGUGAGGACGAGCCAAAUGAUUUACUUCUAUUACUUUUUCCAAAUGAUUAUGAAAAAUAUGUUGCUAUUGGAAAAGUUAUUCGAAAAUUUCGUAAUAUCUCUUCAUAUUGCGGUAAAAUGGCAAUGAUGACAGGGGAAAUGUUAACUGCACAUAAAUUAGAAGCAAAGAUCCAACAACUUUUAGAUGAGGGGAUUUGUGAAAAAGUGAAAAAAGAUGCAGAACAAGGAAGUAUAACGAGAGAUUCAAAGAGAUUGCAAGAAAUGGGAAGAGUUCUUAAAAAGAAUGAAUAUUGUGGCAACCUCGAAUCGUUGGGAAAAAAAAUUUGUCGCAGAGUCUUUCCUGCAUGGAUCGUUUGUGCAAUAGCCAAAUUAUUUGGUGCCGAUGUUUAAUAAAUUUAAAAUAAUAAUUUUUGGAAUAAAUUUCAAUUUUUUAAAAUAAUAAUUUUCGAAUAUAGAAAAACGUCUACAAUAUUAUUUGUACAAAAAUUUAGCCAAAACAAAUGUAGAUAAAAAAUAAAUAUAUUUAUUUGUUCUAUA